AUAAAGCGUUCGGACGCCAUUGCCUUCGAACUAAACUAAAACCAGCGACGCUCCACAGAGCGAUAAAGUGACAGAGACGAACAGAGAGAGAGAGAGAGAGAGAGAGAGAGAGAGAGAGAGUGUGCGUGUGCGUGUUUGUGUGUGUGCGUCCUAUAAAUUCAUCUUUCCCGCUCAUAUUUUCUCAGAAAAUCCCCGAAAAACAGAGUUUUCACUCUCAUCAACGCCAGGCGAGCUUUCUCUCUCCAUCGAUAGGUGUCUGCUUACCCUUUUGCCCUCUCUUUCUAUUUGUGUUGAUUAAUUUGUAAUCUUUGAUCGAAGAAUUGUAAAGUUUCUUAUGACGUUAUAUUGAUCGAUAGAGGCUGGAGCCAGAUAAGAAAAAGAUAAUAUAUGGAGGCAGACGUAGGAAGAGGUUUGGAAUGCCAGAAGACUACGGAUGGGAAGGCGAGUAAUGAAAAUGGUUCAGAGAAGGUUAUUCCUUCUUGUUGCUUGAAGGCUAAGUCUUCAGCCCCUGAGCUUGAAACAAAAUGCCAUUCUACUGUUGUUUCUGGGUGGUUCUCAGAAUCUAAAUCUCACUCUGACAAAACCAGCAAGAAGGUUUAUUUCAACAACCCAAUGUGGCCUGGAGAAGUCCAUUCUCUGGAAGUAGAAAACAUUUUGUACAGGGGAAAAUCGGAGUUCCAAGAGAUAUUAGUUUUUAAGUCUUCCGUGUAUGGAAAAGUGCUUGUACUUGAUGGCAUUGUCCAGCUGACUGAGAAAGAUGAAUGUGCCUACCAGGAGAUGAUAACUCAUCUUCCACUUUGUUCAAUUCCUUCCCCAAAAACUGUUCUGGUAGUUGGUGGCGGUGAUGGUGGGGUUCUUAGGGAAAUAUCUAGGCAUAGCUCUGUUGAGCAUAUUGAUAUAUGUGAGAUAGAUAAGAUGGUCAUUGAUGUGUCUAAGGAGUUUUUCCCAGACUUAGCGGCUGGAUUUGACGACCCUCGUGUCCAUCUUUUUGUUGAUGAUGCCAUUGAAUUUCUGCGAUGUGCACCUGAAGGGAAGUAUGAUGCUAUUAUAGUUGAUUCUUCUGACCCUGUAGGUCCUGCUCAAGAGCUUGUGGAAAAGCCAUUUUUUGAGACUAUAGCUAAAGCAUUAAGGCCUGGUGGUGUCCUCUGUAACAUGGCAGAAAGUAUGUGGCUCCAUACACAUCUUAUUGAAGAUAUGAUAGCUAUUUGUCGGGAAACUUUCAAGGGAUCUGUCCAUUAUGCAUGGACAAGUGUUCCCACAUAUCCAAGUGGUGUGAUAGGUUUCUUGAUAUGCUCAACGGAGGGGCCAUCAGUUGAUUUCAAAAAUCCAGUCAACCCUAUUGAGAAGUUAGAUGGGGCUAUCAAACAUAAAAGAGAGCUUAAGUUCUACAACUCAGAUGUGCACUCAGCUGCCUUUGCCUUGCCUUCAUUUCUGAAGAGGGAGGUGAGCUUGCUUCGUGAUUCUCCUAUCCCAGCACGAUGAAUCUGCAUACGAAUUUAAUUCAUAGCAGCAGCAUUUUGUUGAUUUUCCUGAUAAUGGAAACUAGUAGUAUAUGGAAAAAAGUAGCAAGUCACAGUGACAGUCUGUAAGUGUAGAUGGGUCUUUGAAUUUCCACCUUUGUGUUAAAGAUUUUGAUUCUAGCUUUGUAAACUUAUUACUUCCUACCGUGACCAGUACAUCUCUAGCCUUGUGAUGUUAAUUAUUAUUUGACUGGUGGAUGCUUUAUUUGCUUCAUUUGUCCGACUGAUUGUGUGAAGACGAUAUUGUUUUCUUAUAAAUAAAAGAUUACUUUUUAUUAGGAA